UUUACUCUUAUUUCAGUACGGUAUAUUAGUUUACUUUAAAUUUUUAGUUAUGGCCGUUGCCAAAUUAGAAGCAGUGGAGUGCAUACUCGAAUCACCAGACAAAAGCAUGAAAACAGAAAAUCUUUUCAUCGAAGAAGAAAUGAAAUAUUAUUUUAGUGAAAAAAACAAAGUGAACACUUUAAAUCCACAGAAAGGUAAAAUUUAUGGAAAAAUCUUCUCUGAGUCACAGUAUCUUGAAACCUAUAUGUUAACCCACAGCAAAGAAAAAAAGAAUUACGAAUGUGGGAAUACCUACAGGCAUAUAAGUUAUCAUAACUCUGAAUUUCAUGGAAGGAAUAGAACUGAAGCUAAUACAGACUCUCACCAUGAAUGUUGUUAUUGCAAGAAGAGGUUCAAAAGUCAUAUAUUUUUGGCACAACAUCUGAAAAUGCAUAUGAAACCACGCAAAUGUAAAAUAUGUGGAAAAAUUUAUUCAAAGUUAGAGAAUUUUAAAGUUCAUAUGAUCAUGCAUGGUGGUGGACAACAGAACAUGAUUGGGAAAAGAAAAAUUAUUGAAGAUACAAAUCUUUCCAACUCCAGCAAAAAGUCAAAUUUUAUUGCCGAGCCCGCACUAAUUUUCACAAAUGAAAAAGUAGCUGGUUUGCAUAGUAAAAAUUCUGCAAUUGAAUCUAAUACCGACUUCUGGCAUGAGUGUUGUUUUUGUGGUAUGAGUUUCGAGAGUCCUCACUUUUUAACUCAGCAUUUAAGAGUGCAUACAACACCACAAAAGUGUGACGUAUGUGGGAAAAUGUACGAGGGACCGCUACAACUCAAAUUGCAUAUGCUUGUUCAUAAAGGUAAAAAUAGGAAGACGUACUGGGAUGAAAUUUUCCAAAAAGUAAGGAAUAGGAGGCUAUUGAUCUUGAAACAGAAGGUUGCUAUUCCCCGAACUACCGUUGCGAAUGAGAAAAAUUUUCAGAAUGACCCACAUGUUAGAGAAUUAAUUGAAGGUAGUGCUGACUGUCGACAUAGAUGCUGCUACUGUGAAAAGAUGUUCCAUAGUCAUUUGCUUCUUGCACAACAUUUAAGAACACAUACAAAACCACGGAAGUGUGAAGUUUGUGGGAAAACAUUUGCCAAACUACAAAAUCUAAAAGAUCAUAUGCUCAUUCAUACUGGUAAAAAUAUUGACGCACGAGUUCUGCAUAAUAUGAGUGAUUCGGCCACUGAUGGAAUCUCACAAGAAUGUGCAGGGUUGAAUAGAUUUUCUACUGGGACAAAUAUUCCAAUUCAGAAAGCUUGUGAAUUACAUGGUGAAAAUCAUUCAACUGAUUCUAAUAAUGGACGUUUUCAUGAUUGUUGUUUGUGUGCUAAGAAGUUCACAAGCCCUUACCUUUUGGCAAAGCAUUUAAGGGAACAUACGAGACAAAAAAAAUGUAAAAUUUGUGGGAAGAUAUUCAGGCGUCCAGAUUAUCUUAAAGCUCAUUUGCUUACUCACAGCGGUGAAAAGCCGUAAAAAUGUGAUUGAUGUGACAAGAGAUUUUUUGCAUACCAGUGUAGUAAACCAGUAUAAGUGAACUUGGUAGUUCAUUUAAGAAGUGUUAUCAUUGUCAAAAAAUGGCCCAGAUAGGCAGCCACUUAAAGCUGCACACUCACAAUGGUGGAAAGCCAUAAAAAUGUGAUUGAUGUGACAAGAGAUUAUUUGCAUACCAGUAAUAAAAGUGAACUUGAUAUUUUAUUUAAGAAGUGUUUUCAUUGUAAAUUUUCAUUGCAAUGGAGGUGCUUUGACUCCCAUACCAAGUUGAAAAUACUUUUAAAAAACAACAUUGGCACUGUGGCAGUUUGAUAAGACGAAGUACAGUAUUCAUCUGUUAUUUUUUUCUCUUAUAAGCUUUGAAUAAAUUUUUUUCUUUGUUAUUGUAUGCCAAGCUCAUUUCAACAUUUGAAUAUAUUUUAAUUUCGAAAACAUUUAUCCAAAAAAUUUGACUCCUUGACAUUAAAAAAAUGUCUCUGUUGAAGAAGAAACAAGUAGGUAUAUGUUGGGUAUUCAAUAGUGAAGUAACUUUAACUUUUAACUUUAUUUCGACUGAGUAUCAAAUUAUUUUGUUUUGGCCAAUAUCAGUAUCAUCUUGAGGGAAGCUUAAAACCUGCUUGUCACAUUCUGUGCUGUGUUUGUUUCUAGUUCUAGUUGAUAAUAAAAUAAUUUUUAUAUUAGAGUAUCAUAUUUUCCCAAAUAUUGAAAUGGAUGAUAAUUCAUUACACCAUAAUGCCGAACAAGAAGAAUUAUUUGAUGCUUUUUUCAUGCCUUUUUGCUCUGAACAAGGCCUUAUAUAAGCAGCACUAGUAUCUGACAAUAUGUAAGCAGCUACCAUCAUUCGGUAGAACAAGAGUCUUUUGGGUUCAGCAUUGCCCUUCUGUUUCAGCAUUGCCUUCCUGUUUCAGCAAUUCCUUUCUGUUUCAGCAUUGCCUUUCUGUUUCAGCAUUGCCUUCCUGUUUCAGCAAUGCCUUUCUGUUUCAGCAUUGCCUUUCUGUUUCAGCAUUGCCUGCCCAAUUUAUUACGCCUAUGUAGGAAUUGUGGACAUGGGAUUCGAAUUAUUCAUUUUUAUUUCCAUACUUGGCAAGAAAGUUUGAAAGUAAUCCUAACAAAAUUGAUAAUGUUAAAAACUGUGAUUGUACAUACAUGCUUGUCAUAUGCAUGUGCUUCAGUCAAUGUACCUAUACUAUGAUGUACUACUAUUAUUUUGAAGGAAUAGAAUCUUUCCAAUUGAGCAUUUCCUACCCAAUAUAUUACACCCGGCAGGUUGGCAUGGGAUUUGAAAAUAAUCUUAACAUUAUGGCAGACUUGAUAAUGUUAAAAUUUUUGUACUGCACAUACAUGUACCUGUUUGUGUUUCAAUCAAUAUACAAAUGUACUGAACAUGCAAAA